AUGAGAGCCUUAGCGUACUUCGGUAAGGGUGACGUUAGGUUCACAGGCCACUUGAAGGAGCCACAGAUCGUGGCCCCCGAUGAGCUCGUCAUCGAUAUCGCAUGGUGCGGUAUAUGCGGUACAGACCUGCACGAGUAUACAGACGGUCCCAUCUUCUUCCCAGAGGACGGGCACACGCACGAAAUCAGUCACAAUCCAUUGCCGCAGGCGAUGGGCCACGAAAUGGCCGGUACUGUUCUGGAAGUGGGGCCCGGUGUGGCCCAUCUAAAAGUGGGAGACAAAGUGGUUGUCGAGCCCACUGGUACGUGUCGGGACCGGUAUCGUUGGCCUAACUCGCCCAACGUGAGCAAAGAAUGGUGUGCUGCUUGCAAAAAGGGCUACUAUAACAUAUGUUCGUAUCUGGGGCUUUGCGGCGCUGGCGUGCAAAGUGGCGGGUUCGCAGAACGUGUGGUGAUGAACGAAUCGCAUUGCUACAAGGUACCGGACUUUGUCCCACUGGACGUUGCCGCUUUGAUACAGCCUCUGGCCGUGUGCUGGCAUGCGAUUAGUGUCUGCGAGUUCAAAGCAGGCUCUACCGCUUUGAUCAUCGGUGCCGGCCCCAUUGGUCUAGGCACUAUCCUAGCAUUGGACGCAGCCGGUUGCAAGGACAUCGUCGUCUCAGAGCCUGCCAAGUUGAGAAGAGAACUGGCCGAGAAAAUGGGUGCCAGGGUCUACGACCCAACUGAGCACGCUGCCAAGGAAAGCAUCGACUAUCUGAGGUCAAUUGCUGAAGGAGGCGACGGGUUUGACUACACGUUCGACUGUUCCGGGUUGGAAAUCACAUUGAAUGCUGCCAUCCAAUGUCUGACCUUCAGAGGCACUGCGGUGAACCUGGCCAUGUGGGGUCACCACAAGAUACAGUUUUCCCCCAUGGAUAUCACGCUGCAUGAGAGGAAGUACAUGGGCUCCAUGUGCUACACACAUCACGAUUUCGAAGCGGUAAUCGAAGCUUUGGAAGAGCGCAGGAUCGACGUUGUCAAGGCAAGACAUAUGAUCACGGGCAGAGUGAGCAUCGAAGACGGCCUCGAGGGCGCCAUAAUGAAGCUGAUAAACGAGAAGGAGUCCACCAUUAAGAUUAUACUGACUCCUAACAACCACGGCGAAUUAGACGGAGAAGCCGGCAAUGAAAAAGAAGAUGUAUCCGAGCUCAGCAAUUGCAAGGACAAAGAAAGACUGAGAGAGUCGUUGAACGAGACCAAGUUGCGUCACACGUGA